UUGGCUAUGUCUUCUGUAAUCCUCACUUUGUAAUAAACUUAAACAGCUUAAAUAUAUUUUGAUUUAGCUAGGCAGAAUUAAACAAAUUCAACAUUUAACAUCAUAUAUUUGACUAGAUUAUGGGACAGAAAGCUCAGCACUUUUUAUUUCCACAUCCCAUUCUACACAUAUUUUUGACUGAUGAAGUAAGAAAGAGAAAUUUUGACUUUUAACAUUUGCCUCAGUUUCCAGGUAUUUAUGUAAAUCAGGCCUAAUCUAAUAGGUCUGUAAUCUUCAAUCAAUCAAUAAGUAUUUAUUAUGCAUCUACUGUGUGCCACACACUAUGGCAGUCAGAGAUAAAGUACAAAGAAAGUGACAAACUCCAUAUGUCAUGAAUUUACAUUCUAAUAAAGGAGACAAGAAGUACAAAAAAAUAGAGCAUAAAUAUAAAGUUCAUAAAUAUCAGGGAAUACAAAGUAAUUAAAUCCAUGAAAUUCAAUCUUAUGGCUAUCAGGAUUCUAUUUAGAGGAAAAGUACAUAUACUAUAUUCCAGUGAUAAGGAUUGGGACAAAAGAGGAGGAUUUCUUGCAGAGGAAAGCAGGAAAAAAUUUCUAUUUUCAGUAUUCCAAUUGAUUGCUAAAAAUGUUUGCCAGACAUAUGCUGAGUGACAAAUGAAGUGAAGGUGGAAAUAGAGGGAAGAUUUACCAAGACAACAUAUUUCUAAAGCUGCACAACAUUAUAUAACACUGAACUAAAAGGCUUAUUGGUUUUCAUGAAAUAAAAUUUGACUUCUGUCCAUGAAAUGAUAAUAACUACAAUUGCUUACCUUCAUAUAGUGCUAUAAAACUAGAAGAACACAUCAGAUCGCAUUCAUUUCUCACAUCGACUCUAUAAGGGAGGGGUUAAAAUUAAACUCACUUUACAGAUGAGGAAACUGAGGCUCAGAGAGUUUUAAUUGAUUGUUUCAAAGUUUCCAGUCUUGGGCACAAUUAGAACUCAGUUUAUCAUGAAGCCUAGUCCAAUACUAUAUUGAGUUGUAGAAAAUGACUUCUUCAUGAGGCAGAAGAUCUAGCCCUCAUAGUUAUAAAAAAGGAAACACAUAGCUUAUUUUCAUUUCACUCAAGCUUAUGAGAGCAACAGUAAGUUUUCCAUUCAUAACAUGUCUUUGAGAUACAAACACUGAAGGAGAUCAUCGGUGACCUGAUGUCUUUUGAUGCCAUCUUUCGCUUCUUUUUUGACUCUCAAAGUUAGGAGCCCCUCAAUUUCACAGGUAGACAAAGAGAUGGAGAAUCUGUAGGAUUUUUGAAUCGAAGGCAGAAAGGUCUUGGCAAGUGAUUAUUAUGAGUGGGGAGAAUGAAUGGUUUGGAUUAAACUUUGAUGGUUUCAGAACUUUGAUUGUUCUAUGGUGUAGUCUGUGAUACUUGGUUUUAUGGAAGACAUCUUGCUGAGAGAUUGGUGUCUCUAACUACAUUUGCUCUUUGUGCUUCAGCUGUUAGUAAAAUAAAGGAAAUGCAGUAGCGAUUCUUUAAUCAUCUAAUUAUCUGUGAAUGUAUGAAUCUAUUAAGAUUUGCAUUGAUAAAUUUUGUUUUCAUAACAUCUUAAUUUCCAACUAUAUCCUGUCUCCUAAGCCAGUUAUUCAUUGUAGCAAAGAAUAGGAAAAAAAGAAAAAUAUCAUUUAUCAAAGCUAAUCAUAACAUCAAUUUGGUCUGACAAUAAAGAUGAUUCUCCCCACCCAUAAUCUUUAAAGAAUGUCUUAUUCUUUAUGACCCAUAGUAUUCAUGGGAUUUUCUUGGCAAAGAUACUGGAGCGGUUUGCCAUUUUUUCUGCAAUUUUUCUUAAGGCAACCUGGAGUUAAGUGAUUUGUCUGGAAUUAUAUAGCUAAUGAGUGAGAUUGGAUUUAAUCUCAGAUAUUCCUGACACCAGGCCCAGCACUCUAUCCACUGAGUCACUAACUGCUUCAGCAAAGAAGGUUAGGGGACAUACAUUUUCUGAUCAUUUCCUUCUGGGCCUGACUUGUGAACCUAUCAUUUUAAAGGUAUAGCUUAUUUGACACAGAAGCCAGGGAAGGAUUAUUGCUAUGCAAAUCGUAAUACUGAGGAGCUCAGAUCUAUCUGUCUAGUAUCACAAAAUCAUAGUUGGAAGGACUUACAGAAGCCAUCUAAUUUAACCUCCUACAAACAAUACUUUCCCCACAGGAAUAAUAAAUUAAAAAAAUGUUGGAACUUAUCAUGUAUCCUGUGUACAGAUUUGCAGAUAUGGUAACAUCCUAGUUCCAGUCCCAUAAAAAAGGGGCCCCAUAGAGAUUCCCAAAAUAUAAGAAGGGCAUAAAUUUAGUAAGAAAAUAAACAAACAUUUUUUUAAUAAGGAGCCAAGCAACUCUCCUGCAAACAAAAAACAUUCUAAUAAGAUGUUUCCGUGCAUACUGGUCCAAACAACAACAAGGAAAAGAUGUCAGGUCUUCGGGAAGUACCCGUGACUUAGGGGAUAUAAAAACUCCAGGACACAAGGCAAUGUUCAGACUUAGGUAGCUCUCUUCAUACAGCUUAAAGACUAAUAGAAAGAAAUAGAUCAAAGAUGUCUGGCAGCUGCUGCUCUGGGACUUGCACCAUGGUGCCAGCCAUCUCUAUCUGCUCAACAGAGGUGAGCUGUGAAAGUCCUGCCAUCUGCCUGACCACUUCCUGCCCAAGUCCAACAUGGCAACUGGUUAGUUGUGAAGAACCAUGCAGCACAUCCCCAAGCUGUGCCCCAAGUUGCUGUGAAUCCUCUUGCUGUGAGCCCAGUUGCUGCCAGCCAGUAUGCUGUGAACCUACUCCAUGUGAACCAUCUUGUUGUGAGACCAGUUGCUGUGAGCCCAUCUGCUCUGUGUCUUCUUGUUGUCAACCAGUCUGCUCUAUACAAGCUUGCUGCCAGCCUGUUUGCUGUGAGAGCAGUUCUUGUGAGCCAUCUUGCCCUGUGUCAACCUGCUGCCAGCCAGUCUGCUCUGUACAAGCUUGCUGCCAGCCUGUUUGCUGUGAGAGCAGUUCUUGUGGGCCAUCUUGCUCUGUGCCAACUUGCUGCCAACCAGUCUGCUCUGUUCCAACUUGCUGCCAGCCUGUUUGUUGUGAAUCAAGUUCUUGUGUACCAUCUUGUACUGUGCCUGCUUGCUGUCCAGCCAUAUGCUCUGAGUCCAGUUGCUGCCAGCCAGCUUCCUGUGUGACACUGGUCUGUGAACCUGUCUGCCAACAUACCGUCUGCUGUCUACCCAGUCCUUGUGAGUCAACUUGUGUAGUCCAAGAGCCUUCUUGUUGCAUUCCCAGCAUCUGCUGUCAACCCACCCUUUGCCAACAAAGUGUCUGCCUUCCUGGUCCAAGUCAGCCAUCUUGUUACGUAGUAAAACGCUGCCAAUCAGUUUCCUGCGAACCCAUUUCCUGCAGACCCACUUGUGUGUCCACCUCCUGCCAACCACUCUGUUGCCGUCCUGGGUCUUCUGCCUCUGUUGCCUGCCGACCAGCUUGCUCCCGACCCACUUUCUAUGUACCCAGUUCCUGUAGGCCACCUUGUAUCACAUCUAUUUCUUACCGCCCAGCUUGUUACCGCCCCAUCUGCUCUUCUCCUCUUGGCUGCAGACAACCUUACCUGUCUUCUCUUUAUCGUCCAAGCUGCUACCGCCCAAGCUACUCCCUACCCUUUCUGCGCAGGCCAGCCUGUGUCACUUCCAUUGCUUCUCGGCCAGCAUGCUGUCAACCAGUUUGCUCCGAGCCUAGAUCCCCUUCUAAGCCGACUUGUGACAAGUCCACUUCUGGCCAGCCAGAUGGUUCUGAGUCUACUCCCUGCAAACCAGCUGUCUCGGAGGUUAGUUCUAGUGAGCCAACAAACUCAGUGACCACUUCCUGUACUCCCACCAGCCCAACCACCUGCGAGUCAACUGCUGGCAAAGUAGAGGAUGGUAAAUCAUCUGGCUGCUGCUCCAGAUCCGGCAGGUCCAGGCAUUAGAAAACUUGCCUCAACUAUGAAGAAAAAAGCCUCUGUCCCUAUGAGUAGUUAUUACAUGUCUAAAUCCCCCCCUUCUCUGUCCCUUACCCCAUUCUGCUUAUGCUAUAAAAUAUCUAUUUGAAAUAUCCAACCACAAUCUAGACCCAGUUGAAGACCCAGUUAGGCAUGGAAAAAAGGGUACCUGGUAUCCUUUUCCCAGGCUGCCAUCAGACCAUGAAGUGGUGAAUGGUGUCUCUUGUCUCCUGACUUAUCCCCUUCCAUUUCCAAAGCUUCUUCCAGACUGUAUGGUUCCCUUGAAGCCUUUUUUCUUUCUUGUUCAUGAUGUUCUUUUAGGUGUGAGAAACUUCUCUUGUUUUCAAAUAAAAUUGGCCAGAUAUUACUCUCAUUACUCCUCAUCACUUAUUCCCAUGCACUUAUACUAUUUCUCGACCUUCAGUGGAGGUAUAUGACUGGAAUUAGGUUAAUGGCGCUGUGGUCAGGGACUUUGGAAAGAACUCCUUAACAAUAAAAGGAGAGUAGAGGCAAUAAGAAAUUCCAUUAGGCCUGGCCCAUAGGAGAAUAAUGCUCUAAUAUUUCCUUUCCUAGGAAAUACUUUUCGUAAAGAUUUCAUAUUCCCUAUUGAGGUAUAUUAAUAUAAUGGAUGAAUAUAUUAAUGUUGAGAUAUAAUAAUAUAGUGGAUAAAAUGCUGAAUUUGGAGUCAAAGUCCAGGAUUCAAAUCUUGCCUCUGAUCAUGGAUGAACAUUCUCUAAGGCUUAGUUUUCCUCUCUGUUGAAUGAUGGGGUGAGACUAGAUGUCUUUUCAGUUCUAAACCUAGUGAUUAAUAAGUGAUAGCUAUAUAGCACAUUACUUAUGAAUAUAAGUCUAAGCCUCACAUAAACAUUAUGAUAUGGUUAACAUGGAUAUAAUUAUCCAAUCUCUUCUGAACCCAGGUUUAGGACUACUAGACUAUAUUGUCUCUAAAAUUGAAUUCAUCCAACGAAGAUCUCUACAAGAAGCAUCCUAGAUGGAAGAGGCAUAAUUAUAAUUACAUAUUGUAGAAUAUAUAAUUACAGGUAUAAUCAAAGCUCAUUCUGCACCUCCAGAUCAAUUCAAGGAAUAUUAUUAAACCCUUGCUAUGUACAAGCUUUUGAUAUAUGCUGGGAAUUCAAAAUCAAGAUGAGACAGUUCUAUUCUCUAGUUUAUCUACUAUUGGGACAUAAAACACACACACAUAAAUGCAUACAGAGGUAGUUAUAUUAAUAGAAGCAGGAAAAGAACAUUAAGAACUGGAUCAAAAACACCAUCUAGGUGGUACAGUAGAUAAAGUGGAAUUGGGAAGACCUGAGUGUAAAUAUGGUCUCAGACACUUAACUACUUAUAUGACCUUGUGUGAGUCACUUAAAUGCCAUCUGCCUGUUUCCUCAUCUGUAAAACAAGG